AUGGCCCUUCUCCCGGUUGUCCUUGGCUUCCUCCUCUUUGGCAGCAGUUCUGGCUGUGGGGUCCCUGCCAUCCACCCUGAGCUGAGUGGCCUGUCCCGGAUCGUCAAUGGAGAGGAUGCGGUCCCCAGCUCCUGGCCCUGGCAGGUGUCCCUGCAGACUCGCUCUGGCUUCCACUUCUGCGGGGGCUCUCUCAUCAGCCAGCACUGGGUCGUCACUGCUGCCCACUGCAGGGUCAGGAAGAGCCACCGUGUGGUGGCUGGGGUGUCUGAUCACGGCUCUGACGAGGAGGCUGUCCAGGUGUUGAGGAUAACUGAGGUGUUUGAAUACCCACUGUGGGACCAGGUUUCGGGCCGCAACGACAUCGCCCUGCUGAAGCUGGCCACACCGGCCCUGCUCUCAACAACAGCGUCCCCUGUCUGCCUGCCCAGUGCCAACACCAGCUUCCCUGCCGGCUCCCUCUGCGCCACCACCGGCUGGGGCAAGACCCGGUAUAACUCCAACAAGACCCCCGACAAGCUGCAGCAGGCGGCCCUGCCCCUCCUGUCCAACGCCGACUGCAAGAAGUUCUGGGGCAGCAAGAUCACGGACGUGAUGAUCUGCGCCGGGGCCAGCGGCGUCUCGUCCUGCAUGGGCGACUCUGGCGGCCCCCUGGUCUGCCAGAAGGACGGAGCCUGGACCCUGGUGGGCAUCGUGUCCUGGGGCAGCGACUGGUGUAACCCAUUCUCACCGGGGGUGUACACCCGUGUCACCAAGUUUAUUUCCUGGGUUCUCAGGGUUCUGGAGGCCAAUUGA